UGGAUUGAUUUUGCUCGCAUGUUUUAAAUGCCGAGGACGGUUCUGGGAAAAUCACAAUUUCCUUGUAUUCAUAUCUGUCGGCAGUUGAACUGAGUAAACAUACAUGAUUAAGAUGUUCUGAUUCAAUCUUUAUGGAAAAUUAAAAUAAAACGAAGGAAACGCAUUCAGAAAGCGAAAAAGCGGAUGACAACGCCGCCGAUUUAAGCGACGAACGCACUUCUAUUGCAAAUGCAUCGCUGAAUGCUUAAUCUAAUUCAAGCAGCAGUAGCAGCAGUAGCAGCAGUAGCAGUAGUAGAAGUAACAUCCAGCAAAUUGUAUAUCCGGGAGAGGCUUGUACAAGAGUAAGCAAUCAUUUAAAGAGCAGUGAUGGAACCACAAGUGCUGCAGUCCUUUCACAUAAUCGUCCCUUGACACUUUUAGAGAUGACCAAGAAUAAAGAUAUUUUACCUCAAUCUGACCAGAACACUGAUGCAAUCGACGAGGAAAUAAAUCAUGAGAAUGAAAACCGCAAAGGUCAAAAGCAAGGUCAAAGAAGAGAGAUGAAACAAGAUAAACAAGUACAAGAUGAAGACAUGUUUACUGUUAUUUUUAAAGCACUUUCAGCGGAAAGUUUUGUAGAAGAUAAUGAAGAGAAUUUCAAAGUUUUCAUACAUGGAGACCCACCAGUUUUUCGAGGAUGGGAGAACGGAUCAGGAAUACCUGUUGAGACAAAACGAUUUGGUGAGAAACAGUGGUUGCUCAAAGCUGUUCUUCAGGUGCCAUUAGAACAUUCAAAGAAGAAAUGUGCUUAUAAAUAUGUUUUGAUGUCUCAUGGUGAAGCAAAGUAUGAGUUGUUGGUGGAAGUAGAAUCAUCCUUUAAUCUCUACAAUUUUGGAUGUAUAAAUCGCUGCCUAUGCAUUCCGACAACUUACCGCAGGAAAAAUAAAAUUUAUUACAAGUAUGAUGGAUUUGUCUACAAGAACACUGGAAGAAUUUAUAAACACUUUGAGUGGGUAAAAAAGGACAGAGAAGAAUUCUUGGAACGGUUUUUUCCACGCUGGAUUGGGUUUUUCAACAGUUCUGAGAAUGUAGAAAGGAUGCAGCCAGAUGAGGCGAUGGAAAGGCUUCAUCUUUUGCUCUUAGCGGUUACCGAAAUGUGGAUAUCGAAUGAUGGAGAAGUCUGGAAAAAGGAAUUUUCCAAGCCUGAUUUUGAAAAGGUCGUUACUCCUUUGUUGAUGCCCAAGGUAAAAUCAAAUUGCAAAGUUUUGAAAAAUGGAAGAGUAGGAGAUGAAUCAAAUGAUUUAUUUGAGGCUUUAGUUUCAUCUGCUAUGAUUGCAUCUGUGUUUGGAGAAUGCGAAUUUACGAUAGCGAAAGAAAAAGCCGAAGAUAUUCUGCGGAGUCUCAAGUUUCCUGUAGAACGGACUGUUUGCGUGAGAUUCAUGAAAACUAUAAGUGCAUUUCAUCAACAAAUUUUAAGGUUCGUUUCUUGAGGUAGAAAUAUUUUGUAAAAAGUAGUUGAUGCAAUUAGCUACUGAUUUCUGAUUUCUAUAAAUAUGCGAAUUGUA